AUGACGGCAGCAUUUUGGAAUUUUGCUUGGGCCUACUUUGAGGAUAGAACUGAAGCAGCAGUCUAUGGUGUCAAAGACAGGUCUCUCAAAACUGCUAUUGAAAUUUUAGAAUGCGGCAUGGAGACAUUUGAUAAGCCUUUGAAGUUUUUUAUACGAGAAAGAAAUCUUCAAAACAUCACAACUGUAGACACAGACCAAGUAUUCCGCCCCAGAACCACAAACGGCUACAUCGUGGUUGCCAACUCUUUACAAACAUUUUCAUCACGACUAGAACGUCUUUACAAUCGCGAUCGAAACGCAAAAGCCAUCUUCUUAGCCACAAAUUCAUCAGAAUUGGAAGGACAACUAUUUCUAGAAACAUCCUGGCACAUUUACGGAAUGAUGAACAUCAUCUUCUGCAACUUGGAAGAAAAUUUACGUUUAAAAUUGUCAAUUCUUGAUCCAUUUCUGCCAUUACAAGGUUCUACCAUCAGAGGACAAACGUUCACUUUCGAAUUAGCAAAUAAUCAUAAAAUUGUUGAAGACAUUUUGUUAUCUCUAAAAACGCGUUUGUGGGAUGUCCAUAAAUAUCCUUUGAAGAUUUGUAUUUUUAUCAAUCCUGGCACGGCUGCUCCUGAUGUUUAUGUUAAUGGAACUAUUAAGAAAUUUAAAUUGCAAGAUGGUGAAAUUAUAAAUGCAUUGGCUAAAGCCUCGAAUUUUGAUCCUGUUUAUGUUUUUCCAAAGGAUGGGGUUCCUUAUGGACACAAGAAGCCUAAUGGGAGCAUAACUGGUUCUUUGAAAGAUAUAGACAAUGGUGAUGCUGACAUUGCAGCAAAUUUACGCCCCGUAAAAGACUACGGACAAAAAAACUCCGAAUUUUUAUUUCCCCCAGACACAAUGGACUUGGCUUUCAUUGUUCCAAAAAUGGAAGAAGCAUCCACUGUCUCGUUUUUGGAAAUUUACAGCUGGCAAGCAUCAAUACUCUUAGGAAUAUCUUAUUUUGUCUUUGUUGCAAUUUGGAGACUGCUGGAAAAGUUGCAUAAUAGACAGGACGCAACUUCGACUUUGGUUGGUGUAUCCUUAUGGACAUUUGGAAACUACAUUCUGGUGUCACAACCUGGUAAAGAUUUGUUGCACGAACGUUGUUUAUAUUCUGGUUUAAUACUGUUCUCUAUGGUGAACACUUUCACGUACCAAGCUACCAUGGUUGAACACUUGACGACUAGUGUUGUAUCUUUGGACAUUUAUUCCAUGGAAGACUUGGCCAACACAAAUUUAAAAGUAGUUACUGUCACGGGUUUUAAGGAACUGUUAAAAGACAUAGCGUACGCUGAAGACUCUCCUAAAUACUUCAUGGAUUUAUACAGCCGCCAAGAACUCAUCGACGACCAAUCUGAACUACUGAGGCGAGUCGCCGAAGUCAGGGACUCUGCCAUGUUGUACAGUUUGAUGGGUUGCAAAGUUAAUGAACUCAAUGCCAGAGAUCCUAAAACUGGUAAAAAGUUGUUGCAUGUUUUAACAGAUGCUCCUAGGAAUAGGUACAGUGCUCAUAUGAUACCAUCCCACUCGCCUUACAGAGGCAGAUUCAAUUUUGUUCUGAUGAAAAUCAGAGAGAGUGGUCUGAUGCCAAAAUGGAGAGACGAUGUUUAUUAUGAUAUAAAUAGGCAAAAGGAAGUUCGAUAUAGACAUACAAGUUCUACUGAUGGCAAUGUUUAUAAAUUUAAAGACCUUGCGUUUAUUUUUUUGUGCCUGGUUAGUGUGUUGCGGGGUUUGUAUUUGCGUUUUUGGUAUGGAAGUCUUGUGGUAUAA